GUCAGAAAUUCUGGGCCCUUAUCUCUAAUAUGAGUGUCUCUUGUCGGGUCUGUGGUCUCUGUUGGUGGAGUUUGGGGGAAUAUGGUUUAGUAGGUGUUGGAGUCUGUGAUCUUUUUGUGUCUUGUGUACGGUUUGGGGAUUCUCUAGGCUCCUGGGGUUUGAAUCUGUCUUGGGGUGGGCUAACUGCUUUGUAAUCUUAAGCGGUUUUAGGAUCUCUUGGUAGACUUGGGACUUUUCUAGGCUGGACUUCUGGGGGCCUGACCCAUCCCAUCUUGGGUGGACAGGCCCUGGGGGUAGAGGGGAGUGGGAUAGUUAUCAUGCUAAUGGCCUCACUGGGGGACCAGGGGAAGUCCCAUAGCCUGGCUGCCUUGAAGUGCAGCCUGGGAUUAACCCCUUCCCCCAGGGGUGGGCUAGGAGCCCUGAGAUGGUCUGGGAGGGAGUGGGGGGGAAAGUGAACUUCUUCCCUUAAACCUGUUUGCUCCCACCCCCACUACUUGGGGAAGGGAAGAAGAAUUUAAACCCUUUUUUUUUUCCUUUCCUGUUUUGCAGCCAGAAGUAGGUAUGGUCAGGACCCAUAACCUAGAAUGUUGGCCCUCGGCCUAAACCCCUAGACAGUACCCAUCAAUCAGGCAGUUAGCAGGACAGAACCAGCUGGCUCUGAGACUGGGGAAGUCAGGUAUAUUUGGAGGAAACAGGGCUUAACUUGGCCUCCUCCAGAUAUGAAAGACAGUCCCUAGGCUGGAGGAGGCAGGGAUGAAAGGGGGCUCCCUAGGGUUUGUGAAGGUGGGGGAGGGAGUUGAGAUCCAACCUUCAAAGGCCUAACCUUAUAGUGUCAGGGAUUGAAAGGAGAAGCUUCUAGUUUUUGGUGGAGACUUGAGGAGGUGGGGCUGCUUCCUAAAAUCUUUCCUUUAACCCUGCCCCUUCUGGCCUCCCCCCAGGCAGACACUUCUAAAAAGGUGGCAUUGUGGUCCAUCAGGGACCUAAUGGUUUCUUCUCUAUGACCUGCAACCCUGGUGUGGGAGGGCCCCAGGGUCUCUUUAAGCCCUGAAGUACUCUUAGGGCAGGUACCCAGAGAUUGGACAGAAAAGGCUUCAGGGACAGGCAUAGACUUUGAGAGAUGCACCUCCCUUCACAGUACUGGGACGAGAGAGCUGGAUUAGUGCUAUUCAGCAACUUACAUUUCUAUAGUGCUUUUAAUAUUUACAAAACACUUUCACGGUUUCUCCUUACUGCCCUCUGAUAUAGUUAAUGCACCUAUUGUCCCUCCCCUGAACAAACAAGGGGCUUAGACAGGUAAAUGACUUUCCUAAGGUCACAUGGCUCCUCUCUCAAACUACACUACAAUUUCCACUACACCAAACUGCCUUCCUCUCAGGGGUGGAGUUGGGAAAGUGUAAUAGGAGAUCAAGGUGGGGGAUCAGUGUGAACCUGGGUGGUCAAGGAAUGCCUGCUGGAUGAGAUAGGACUUCAGCUCAAUCUUUGAAGAUGGGAAUGAUUUUGAUAUGAGAUUGGGAGGUGCAAGGCUUUCUGGGAGAGAAAGUAAUCACCUGAGACUCCGGCAAAAAGCAAGGUUUUGUAAGCUCCUGGAGGGCAAGAACUGUUUUUUGAAUCUCCAGUGCCUAGCCCAAUUCAUUUGCACAUAGCACUUAAUAUAAAUGCAUGAAUUGGAUCUAAACUGACACCUCUUACUGCUAUUAUUCUGUAUUACAGUUAGGUGGGUAUGAGAUACCUCCUGCUUUUAUAGGCUUCUGACUUAUUUAAAAAACUUAUCAGCUUCUCAAAAGCUAGAGUUCUGCUCCCAACUAGGCUAAUAAUUUUCAUUGAAUGAAGUCACUUAAGGGAUAUCAAAUAGAUCACUUUGACUGGGGCACCUUGCUGGUAUAGGAAAACAGUGAGAAAUCUGGGGCCAAUUCCUGGGAGACUUUGAAGAUUUGGGUGGUUGUCCUGGGGCCACUGUAGGUUUUUAAGAAGGGGAAAUGAUGUAAUCAAAGCUAUGCUUGAGGAGGAUUAAUCUGGCACCCCAUACAGUGUAGGGCAGAUUGGAGGGGAAGGCCUGUUUAGGAAGCUUGCCUCAGGAUGUCUAUUAAGUUUGAGGCAAGUGAUUAGAUGGAGGGGAGCAAAGGAAGAAGAAGGCUCAAAGAUAACUGGCUUUGAGUAGAGAUAAGGUCAGGUGGCUUGUGUUGGGGGGGGUGAUGAGGGAGUGGGUUUGGGACAUAUUGACUGAGUAGGGGUCGUCAUCCUAUGUAAACAUCCAGCAGACAUGACUAAAUGCUGCCCUGAGCUGGGGGGGCGGGAAGCUGAGCCUGCAGAGAUGGAGAUGGUCUUAAAGGAAUAGGAUAUUUAUUAUAAAAGAUCCUGGGUUUUAUGGUCCCUAGAGAAGUAUCGGAGGAUCUCUGGGGCCCACAGAUUUUGUGUCUGGGUCUUCCUCCACCCCAGGUUAAUGAUUCUGAGAUUUAAAGGAACUUUAUCAGCUGCGUGUCUGGCCUCUGGCUGGAGAGAAAAUCUGGGAGGUGGCCAGCCCCACCCAGUCCUCCCUGAGGGAGAAGGAUGUAUCUGUUCUGACCUGCCCCUCCCUCUAGCCACCUCACCUUCCCUCCCAUUCUCUGUCCCUUAAUGCCUGCCUCCCCCUGACCUUUUGAUGCCCCUUGCUCUCUCUUGCCUCAGUUUCCCAUCUUGGCAGGGGGAAGGGAAAGGACAAGGGGGAAGAAGGACCUCCUUUAUCAAGGAACAGGAGUCCUUAGGUUCUGAAGCUUUAGUACUAAUCAGAAUGGGGAAGGAUUAUAAGAAAGGUCAUGUUGAUUGUAUAGGUCUCCAUAGGUGGGUGUUUGUGUGUGGCUGUGUCUGCUUGUAGGUGUCUGAGAGUUUGUGCGUGUGGGUUUCCAUGAAACCUGGGGAUCAGUGCCUGUGUAUAUGAAUGUGUGCUUUGGUCUGUGUUGUACGCAUGUGUUUUUGUACGUGGGUCUGUCUUGUCUGUGUGGAUGUUUGUGUCUGUAUGGCAGUGUCUGAGUCUUUGUGUGUCCAAUCCACAAGUGGUAACUGGGCCUUUAGCACACGUCAUCCUACCACAGACCCCCAAAGAGGCCCUGGGCUUUUUCUGAUUUUAUAUUUAUUUUUGGGGGGGGGGGGGAGGAGGUCGUUUUGAGUUCUCACCUCCCAGGUCAACCCCACAACUACUCAGGGCCAUUAGACAAAUUGUUAUUUGCAUUAACAAGUGUGUCAGGGUGUCAGGGAAAGGCCGGACGGCCCCAGCAAUUGUCCCUGACUGGCACUCUGGCCUUUAUGGUGGGGCUCCUGGAGCCUGCAUUUUUAGGAGCCCUAAGUCCCUAGGGGAGGCCCAGUAAUACUUCACACCAGUAAAUGAUGCCUCCUCCUUGCCUCCCACCAGUGCAGAGGCUGGGUGGGGGAGGGGGCGGGGUCAGAGGUGGAGUUAAAAGCAAGUAAGUCCCCUACCCGAUGAACCUCUACCCCCACCCCAGCCAAAGGAUACCCAAGUUCAUUCUCAGUCCCCCCCCCCUAUUGUUUUAAAGGGCCAAUAGCUGGGAUGCUAUUAACAUACUGAUUGAAAGCUCUUGGGCCCUGGGUGGGAGGGGAGAGGUCAGGCUUGUCCCCCAGCACUAGCCUCAACCACCGAGUCUACUCUUCAAAGUCCGAAGGGGCAUCGCCCCACUCCGAGCCAUCGGUCAAGUACCAGUAGCUGCGGCUCCAUAUCUGUGGCCAGCGCCAAGAAGAGGCAGAGGAGUGCCAUCAUCCCAUCAGAGGGGAGGUCUGGGUCCCAUCUGCAACUGCAGCUAGUAGCCAAGUCAAGCUGGGCAUGUUCAACCACGAGGGGCUACCUCCAGGCAACUUCAGCCUGGGUCCGGGCACGAUGCCUGAUGGGUCCUCCCACUACGGUAAAGGUGGCUACAUCGGGGGAAGCGCCCCAAGACCAUCCCAGCCGCCAGCCCAGACCUUCUUUACCUUCCCAUCAGCAGUGAAGAGUGAGUACAACUUGGAGGGACCCUCUGCCCCCGACUCCAGCCAGACCAAGGGGUGGUACACCUUCUCUGUACCCCAACCCCCAGCUGAGGCUGGGCAGGCCAGCACCUCCCACAGCCUUCACCUCAUGCCACCCAAAGAGGAAGACUCGUCCUGCUCUUCCCCUUCUUCGUCUUCUGGGGGUCCUGAACGGGACCUCAGGGAGACCGGCAUCCCUGAAGCGAAGUACUGCGCCCAUCCGGGCCCAACCUACUAUACCCCUGCCUGGACGGGGCCCUUCUGGCCGGGCUUGGGGAGCAGUGGCUCGGUUCCUACCGGGGCUCUACCAGGUCCCCCUCUCCCUCCCCAUCCUCUCCAGGCUCUUGGGACCUUUCCGGGUCCCAGGCCCCUUUACCCAGCCCCUCUCCAGCAGCCCCAGUCUGGGCUGGGCGGCAGUAGUGGAAAUAGCAGCAGCAGUAGCAGCAGCAGCAGCAGCAGCAGUGUCAGCAGCAGCAAUGUCAGCAGCAGCGUCAGCAGCACCAGUGGUUCAAGCGGGGCAGCCAGUGAGGAGGGCAUCCCGUCUAGCGAUAGUGGAGAGGAGGACACCCCAACCUCUGAGGAACUGGAGCUGUUUGCCAAAGAAUUGAAACACAAGCGCAUUUCCCUGGGUUUCACUCAGGCCGAUGUGGGCAUGGCCUUGGGCACACUGUAUGGGAAGAUGUUCAGCCAGACGACCAUCUGCCGGUUUGAAGCUUUGCAGUUGAGCUUUAAGAACAUGUGCAAAUUGAAACCACUGCUUCAGAGGUGGCUGCAGGCUGUAGAGAACACUGACAACCCUCAGGAGAUGUGCAGUAUGGAGCAAGUGCUAGCCCAGGCUCGAAAGCGUAAACGUCGCACAAGUAUUGAGACCAGUGUGAAGGGGACCCUAGAGGGCUUCUUCAGGCGUUGUGGGAAACCCACUCCACAGCAAAUCUGUGACUUGGCAGAAGAGCUGCACCUGGACAAAGAUGUGGUUCGAGUCUGGUUCUGUAAUCGAAGGCAGAAGGGUAAGCGGCUUCUUCUGCCCUAUGGGGAAGACGGCGAAGCAUUGCCUUAUGAGCUGGCCCCAGGCACUGCCCUUGUCCUGCCAACUGCUGCUGUGCCCCAGAACUAUGCAGCACCCCCGCCACCUGUGCCCCCUGCCCUCUAUAUGUCCACCUUUCCUAAGGGCGAGCCCUGCAUCCCAGGCAUGCCCAUGCCUAAUGGGGGCAUCUGAGCCAGGAUCAGCAUUAGAGGAACUCACUGGGGCCUCAGGAUGCCUCUUGCUUUCCCCUUCCUGCCCUUGCCCCAUCCUGGUGACUGGCCAUUGUCCACUAUUUGAGAUAUAAUGGUCAGACCUUUUCCCAACCCAUCUUCUCUUUCUGCCCCCCCCCCCUGCUGCCCCCUUGCCCAUAUCUAGGUUUUGGGGCAUCUGAAAAAUAAUAUUCAGAUCUUUUUUUUUUCCUCCCCCUUCUUUCACCUCACACUCCCAAACUUGUGAUGGGUUUGGGAGCCAGUUUGGAAAUAA